AUGAACGAGGUGCAGUUACAGCGUGAGUUUCGAUUGAAUCUAGCAUUCAUGUACAACGCGUCUUUGAACCUCGGUGUUGCCUUCGGUGCCAUUGUCGACGGCUUCAUUGUCAAAUAUCACCCCUGGCGGUACAUAUACUACGUCGCAAUUGCCCUCAUUGGCGGUGUAACAUUGAUUGUGUAUUUUACUUUCCCAGAAACAGCCUAUAAUCGCAGUCCAGACACACACGGCAUCACUACAACUUUACAUGCCGAGUCUGGGGCUUAUCACAUGAAGAUGCCCGACGAGGAAGGCAACAUCCAGCACGUCGAGGUGAGACCCCGUCAGCGGGCUAAGACCCGCGAUUACUGGAUACAAGGUCUCGGACUUUACCACGGAACUUUUACUGAAGAAACAAUUUGGAACAUGACUAUUCGACCUAUCCUUCUACUUGCCUUGCCACCAGUUCUAUGGGCCACUCUCGUCAUGUCUGUUACCAUUGGGUUCAUCACAGCCAUCACAUCCAACGUGUCUCCGGCAUUCUCCACCGCUUACGGGUUUGAAGCAUGGCAGUCUGGCUUAUGCUUCUUUGCCGCCGUGAUAGGUGCUCUUUUAGGCAUCCUUUUUGGCGGCCAUCUCUCUGAUUGGAUCGCGGACUACUUUACACGUCGCAAUGGUGGCAUUCGUGAGCCAGAGAUGCGCCUUCCUGCCAUCAUGAUAAGCGUCAUCACCGGUCCUCUAGCUUUAGCACUGUACGGGGUUGGCAUCAACAAUGGACUGCACUGGAUGGUACCAACUCUCGGCAUUGGUUUAAUCAACUUCACCAUUACGCAAGCGACAAAUGUGUCCUUGGUCUACACAAUCGACAGUUAUCGACCAAUUGCUGGUGAGAUUGUUGUAACGCAACUGGCUUUCAAGUCUGCGUUUGGAUUUCUUCUUGGCUUCUACACCAACCCUUGGGUUGACAAGCAUGGUUACAGCGUCGCGUAUGGCGAAAUGGCCGCCAUUUGUGGAGGCGUGCUUGUUUUCUGGAUUCCACUGUGGAUCUGGGGCAAAAAGCUCCGCCAACUUACCUUGAGCUGGAAGAUUAUGAAGCACGCCCGCUGGGAUGUCGACAGAGAAGUGGGAGAGUAA